AGAGAAGAGAAGAGCAGAGCCAGGACCUUAGUUACUGCAAAUGAACUCCAGAUGCAUAUGCCACUUUGCGCAUCUGGCCUCACAUGGGUAACUGAAGAAUUUAACCCGGGUCAUGAGGCUUUGCAGACUAGUCAAAAGAAUGGAUUUUACAGAGGCUUACUCAGACACGUGCUCUUCAGUUGGACUUGCUGCCAGGGAAGGCAACGUUAAAGUCUUAAGGAACCUGCUCAAAAAGGGCCGGAGUGUGGAUGUUGCUGAUAACAGGGGAUGGAUGCCAAUUCAUGAAGCAUCUUACCACAACUCUGUAGAAUGUUUGCAGAUGUUAAUUCAUAAAGAUCCAUCUGAAAACUACAUUAAGACGAAGACCUUUGAGGGCUUCUGUGCACUGCAUCUUGCUGCAAGACAAGGACACUGGAAGAUUGCACAGAUUCUUUUAGAAGCUGGGGCAGAUCCAAAUGAAAGGACUUUAGAAGAAACCACGCCAUUGUUUUUAGCUGUUGAAAAUGGACAGAUGGAUGUGAUAAGGCUUUUGCUUCGACAUGGAGCAAGUGUUAAUGGGUCCCAUUCUAUGUGUGGAUGGAAUUCCUUGCAUCAGGCUUCUUUCCAGGAAAAUGCUGAGAUCAUAAAAUUGCUUCUUAAGAAAGGUGUCCAGAAGGAGUGCCAGGAUGACUUUGGCAUCACGCCUCUGUUUGUGGCUGCUCAGUAUGGCAAGCUGGAAAGCUUGAGCACACUAAUCUCAUCAGGUGCCAAUGUCAAUUGUCAAGCCUUGGACAAAGCUACGCCCUUGUUCAUUGCUGCUCAAGAGGGCCAUACCAAAUGUGUGGAACUUUUGCUGUCCAGUGGGGCAGAUCCAAAUCUUUAUUGUAAUGGAGAUAGUUGGCAACUACCUAUUCAUGCAGCUGCACAAAUGGGCCAUACAAAAAUCUUGGACUUGUUAAUACCACUUACUAACCGGGACUGUGACACUGGCCCAGACAAAGUGAGCCCUGUUUACUCAGCCGUGUUCGGGGGAAGUGAAGAGUGUCUUGAAUUAUUACUCCGGAAUGGCUACAGUCCUGAUGCACAGAUGUGCUUCUUUUUUGGAUUCAGUUCUCCCCUGUUCCUGUCUUUCCAAAAAGAGUGGAGCUGUGAGUGCCUUGGAAUUGUGAAUAUUCUUUUGAAAUAUGGAGCACAGCCAGAUGACCUUCACUUGACAUACUGCCUGAAGUAUGAGAAAUUUUCAGUAUUUCGCUGCUUUUUGAAGAAAGGUUGCCUGUUGGCACCCUGGAAUCAUAUAUCUGAAUUUAUAAGUUACGCAGUUAAGGCACAAACAAAAUAUAAGGAAUGGUUGCCACAUCUCCUGCUUGCUGGAUUUGACCCAUUGACUCUACUAUGCAGUUCUUGGAUUGACUCAGUCAGUGAUGAUGCUCUUAUCUUCACUUUGGAGUUUACUAACUGGAAGAGACUUCCAUCAUCUGCUGAAAAGAUGCUCUCUGCUCGUGCUUCAAGCUCCUCUCGGAAUCUACAACAACAUCUUGCCUCUGUUCCAUGCCUAGCUCAUCUCUGUCGUUUGGAAAUUCGGGCCACUCUAAAAGUAGAGCGCCUACAGUCUCUCAGCUAUGUCCGUCAGCUGCCCCUUCCCAGAAGCCUGCAAAACUAUCUGCUCUAUGAAGAUGUUCUGAGGAGGAAUGAAAUACCAGAACUAGAAGUCGGGGAAGCUACCUAAAACUGCUUGCUUCUUAACUCAUGAGCCUGGGCUCGGUCAGGCGGUAUGGUUGUAGACUAACUUUUAACUCUGCCAUUCAUUGAGACAAAAGACCCAUGAGGUACAAGUUAUUCAUGAUUUUAUAGUCACAAAAGAUGACUUUUAUUUAUGUGGUUGGUUAGGCUGUGGGGAGCAGCAGUAAAUGUGGAUGUUUCCCACUGUAUUUCUUGGCAAAUAUAUUGUGAACUUCACAUACACUGUUCGAUUGCAGUUUCAUUGCCAGCACUCUUUGUGCUGUAAUAUUUACUUAGCCAAACAUCCUCUACUUUAAUUUGCUGUGAAUGAACUGUGAUGCUGCAUCAAGUGUGAACAUGGCAUAUCUCUGCUUACGAUGCAGGUUCUGUAAGAGGGGAAUCCAGAAAACUGUACUUGAGGCGCACCUAACUGUGGUGGUGUAUCUCAUUGUUGUUGUUAUUGUUUGGCACUGAAUAUUUCACUUUUAUAAAAACAUUUCCUGCCUUAUUAUAUUCCAUUCUUAUUCCCCUCCCCCCUUUUGACAGCACAGUGAGUGGCCUUUAUUUCACCAUUUAUAGAAAACUGACAUUUAGGUUAAUAUUAAAAAAUUAUCACUGGAAGUUUUAAGUGUUCUACAACACUGUCUGAUUCCAUUUUGCUGACAACACAGGCUGUUAUUCCAUGCUAAAAAAGAAAGACGUGUCCCAAAAGGGCCAUCAUGAUCCAUGUGGCACCUGCUCAGGACCUGUUUGCGACUGUGUCUUCUUCCAUCUCUUCUUCACCAUCAUGGCUGGGCCCUGAUGUGUGCUCUUGGCCACAUAACUGACCCGACUGCAGCAAUCACUUCGGCUUCUCCACUCCUGCCAGCAUUGGAACAGUUACUGUAGCAUUCUUCAUCAGAGGCGGUCCACCUUUCUUUUUGCUAGUUGGCAUACCAGCACCUGGAUUAAAAGUUUUGCUUCUCCUGGAAAUAUCCUUUGCAAGCUGUGCACCCAGUUUGCCCUUGAAUAUUUUCUUUGCUUUCUGACUGACACUGCUUUAGUUUCACUUUCUGAGAAUCCAGUACUCUGACUCUCACAUACAGUCUGCAAUGCUUUUUAUUUGUUACAGGAUUUCUUAGAAUGCGCAGAUAUAUCAGUGAUUUGAGAGAUGCCAGAGCAUCUAGAUCACCCAGUUCCACACGACUGUUGUUGGUGAGAAUGAGUUCUGUCACACAGGACAGACCCUGAUCAAGUCCCUCACCUAUGCGGCAUACUCUGUUGUUCACUAACAAUGUUUCCAGUCUUCUCAACCAGGGAAAACCAACCAGUUUCCUUAGUUCAUUGCCAGAAAAAUUAGUAGCAUCAAACUGGUCCAAGGUAGCUCCUAGAUUUUCAGUGACAAGAAUUUUAUACCCUGAGGUCCAGUUCCCUGUCCCACGUCAGCUCCACCAUCCAGCAAAGCCCUUGCCGUUGCCGUAGCCUCAGAGACUCCCAGUAUGCCUCGAGCCCAACGGGCAGGCAGCACUCCAUCCUAACUUCUUAAUCUAAUCAUUUCUAUGACAUUGAUAUUCACUAGCUUUCACAUGGGAACUUGGGGGAAAUGUGUGUGCGCGCGCGCUGGCUGUGCACAUGAUUUUCUGCACACGUGGUGGUCUGAGGACAACCUUACGGUACUUGUUCUGUCUGCUACUUUUUCUUGUUCCUUUUUGUUGUUUUAACUGCCUCAUGUGCGACAGUCUAGCUGGCCCAUAAGCUUCCAGAUUUUCCUGGCUCCACCUCCCAUCACCGUAAGUGUGUUGGUAUCACAUAGGUAGGUACUACUUUGAGUCCUGCUUUAUGUAUGUGCUGGAGAAUCAAACUUUGGCCAAGCAUGCACAUUUAACCAGUGAGCCAUCUCCCUAGCCCCGAAAUCUUGUUUUUUAAAGAAUUUAGAAAACCAAUCAUUGCUGGUCCUCUACCCAUAUUUCUUCCCUUUAUAUUCUGGCAAAGACAUAUAUACUCCAUUUUUAAUCUACAGAGUCAAUAUUGCCUAACCUCAAAGGCAUAAUCAGUUUAAAAAUAUUAGAUCAAAAAGUAAAUCAGCUUUAAGAGCAUUUUACCACACAAGAUAUCAAUAAGGAGACAGAGGGGCAUCUAUGCAGUACCAUCCUCAAAGAAAGAAAAGUGCAUAUUUCAGAGUUACUUAACUGUCAAAUACUGCAACCAAGCUCUAUUCAGCUCCAGAAUGAGAGGCCAGCUUUGUUUCUGUGAAUUAGCCAAUUCCAUUAGUACAAACUUUUUCCUUCUUAAUAUUGGCAUAAGUUUUCAAACUGCCUAUGAGGGAAAGCCCUGAGAACCCUAGGUUAAUGAGGCACUGCCUCGUGAGUUUUUACAGUUGUUUCAUCUAUCUUGAGUGAGGAAAAAGCAUCAUAGGAUCAACAGCUGGGAUAAGCGGCUGUGGAGAUUAUCCUCGAGAGAAAGAGGCAAGUGUGGUAGUGUCGUGACAGGGAGGCAAGCCUUCCGUGCUGUUAGCCACCUGUGCUUAAAGCAGACGGGAGCAAAUCAGCUGGGUCCAUCUGUGACCAAGGUAGAGAUAAAACUAGACCAAACGAAGGUACAGUGGGAUGACUGAGCUCUUUCUGUUCAUUAAAAGCUAGCAUUUGAAUGUGAAUAUACAGGCAAAUUAAAGCUAGAUGUUGAAAGCCACGGGGAGAUUCAGAUAGUUAAGUUUAAUGAAGAAGUUCCAAAACUGUUUUAUUUAAGAAGUAUUAUAACCUUCAUUUUACACACCCCAAUUCUCUUAUUUUGAUGUAACAUGAAUUUUUUAUUUGUGGCAAAUAUACAUAUAGAGUUUAAAUUUGAGAGUGUAUCUUUUUAUGUAUUUGUUUUUGUUCAAAUAUAUAAUAAAACUCAUUUUAACUUAA